UAGUCGUAUAAUCACUAAAGGCGCUCAAUUACUUCAUUAGGUACUCGUAUCGACCGUCAACAACGAUAGUUUAUACGCUUAAAAACGUUUUAAUUUCAAAUUACAGUCUGCGUGCAUUAUGAAUUAUACGUGGUUAUACCUAGGCAUAACUAUAACCCGUUAAAACGUACCGAAAGUGUUUUUUGUUUUCUAGCGGAACAAUGAUGACGUGCAGCUCAACCGUCCGUCGUUGAUGGAACCAUUUAUUCGAGCGCUAAGUACGUUAUUUUAAUAACAAUAACAAAUAAUCCUACCCACGCAGGUCGGUGACUGCUGACUAGUUAUGGAGUCCAAGUUCUCGGGUUUUGCUAAAGAGACCACAGCCAGACCAGCGUGUAAGAAAUGCGGUUACUCCGGUCACCUGACGUUCCAAUGUCGGAAUUUCAUCAAAAUCGAUCCCAACAAGGAUAUCGUGUUGGAUGUAAGCAGCACGAGCAGUGAACCGGAUGAGGAGUAUGUGACGCCACUGGUGCAGCUGCGCGAGACCGAGUUAGCCUUGAAACUGAAAGAGGCGGCAGCCAAAAAGAAGAAAAAGAAAAAGAAGAAGUCAAAGAAACGAAAGCACAAUACGUCUGACAGUGAUUCGUCAGAUGACGACACAGUAGAACGAAAAAAGAAACAUAAGAAACACAAGAAACACAAAAAAGAAAAAAAAUCUAAAGAUUAAGUAUUUAGUAAAUAAGUAAUUAACAUAAUUUGUAGGUUUUAAAUAUUAAAUUAUAUAUUUAAAAUUUCCAAAAAAGGUUUUUUUAUACAUAAAAUAAUUACAUGACUAUAAUUAAUUAUUAUUUAAAUAAAUGGUAUGUAAUAUA